UUGCUGAAUAGUUAGCACUAAGAGACGAGUGAAUUAAUUGAAAGGGUUACAUUAGGAAUUAAAAUAUACCGGUCCACCACCUAUUUAUACCUGAAAUCUUUCUUCUUCUCUUCUUACAUAGCAUAUCAACGCUCUGUUUAGAAAAAAACAAAAAAACCAUCAACAAUCUCAUAUCGGGUUCUGACAUGUCCAUCGAGCUUGAAUCUAAAUCCAUUCCGAGCGGCGAAGCCCAAGCCCAAGCCCAAGCCCAAGAGAGUUCCAAGUUGUUUUUCCCAUCCUGCUGCUUCGGUCCACGACGUCGUUCCGCAUGGUGGGAGCGCGUUCGCUCCACUUCCUGGUCACAGACACAAUCCCGUCCAAGCGGAGAGCGGUGGUGGUCGCGUGGCCUCAGGGCUCUCAAGAAGCUACGCGAGUGGUCGGAGAUCGUGGCGGGUCCCAAGUGGAAGACAUUUAUUCGGAGGUUCAACCGAAACCGCGCCACCAAGCGCAUGGCCAACUACCAAUACGACCCAUUCAGUUACGCGUUGAAUUUCGACCAGGGGCAGAACGAGGAUCCCUAUGACGAUGGCUUUCGCAAUUUCUCCACGCGCUACGCCGCCGCCAACAACAACAACAACAAUGUGAAAUCGGUUACGACGGAGACGGGUAGGGACGUCGCCGUUUUGGUUUGAGUUGAGUUGAGUGAGAGAGUGCGCUGGAAUGUGCGCGUCGUGAGCUGGAGUGUGGGGUUUGGUUGGUGGCUCAACCUGUGAAUGAAAACGGGUAGUGGGUGGCGUCACUUUUUGUUUGUUUGGCCCUUUCCUCUAUCCUAUGAGUAUUUUAUUUACUUUUCUUUAUUUCUCUUCAUAUAUUCAUGAUAAGAUAGACAAAUGGAAAGGUUAUUAUUAUUG